AUGCUCAGAAUUCCGAUUUCGGUGCUCCGUGGAGCACCAACUGCUUCAUUCUCGACGGUGGUUCCGGAAUUCAAAGACCCAAUCGCGGAUCAAGCGGAGGCGUUGGUCGCCAGAAAGCCGUCGGAGGUCAAGAAGGGACGAGUACAGAGUUGGAGAGCACCAAUAUACACGGCUCCCCAUCAGCACGUCUUCGAGCAAACGCCCGAUUUCUCAUUCAAAGACGGCCGCACCGUUCAUGUGACGUCUCAAAAGCAGCUCAAUUAUAAACUCGAUCAGAUUCGUCUUGCUAAAAAAAUGGUGUCACUUCUGAAGGAAACCGACGACGUCGAGACGGUCUACAAGAGAGAACGAGAGACGAGAGAGCGCAGAGACGCAGAGAAGCUGGCGAGACGACCCAUCGCCAAAGGGAUCCAGAAUAUCGAUUAA